AUGGUAAUGUAUCAUACCUUUAGACAGCCCUCAGUCUCGUUAAGUGACAAUGAAGAUGAUAGUAACGAUUCCAUAAGCAUUUACAGCUUUGGUCAGAAUUCGUAUGGGGAAUUAGCGCUUGGUGAUACAAUUGACCGCAAUAGACCGACUCGAGUUGAUUUUAGCAGUAUAAAUCAUCAGGACAAGCACGUGAUUGAUCUUGCUUGUGGAAAUCAGUACACUGUUAUGCUAUUUGACAAUGGCAAUGUGUUUACAUGUGGGUAUAAUGACAGUGGUCAAUGUGCAAUUGGUACAACAGAUUGCGUGCCAAUGCUUCGAUUUUCGCCAGGAUUGAGCUCGUAUCAAACAGUCCGGAUCUUUGCCGGAAAUGGUAGUGAACACGUUGCAGCAUUGAGUGCUGACGGAAGUCUUUAUACUGCCGGAUUCAAUGUGAAUGGACAAUUGGGGAUUGGUACUACGACAAAUGUAGCCGAAGCUACACGAGUGGGAGAGAUAGUAGGCAAACGCGUGGUUGAUGUUAGCUGCAGCUACUUUCACACGGCAAUUGUUAUGGAUAAUGGCGAUUUGUAUGGAUGCGGCGGCAAUGACUACGGUCAGCUUGGCUUGGGUAGUCGCAAGGGACAUCUUGUACCUCAACCUGUUGAGUACUUCUUUCGGGACCCAGUGCUUGCAGUUGCAUGCGGUCAGCAUUACACAAUCGCAUCACUUAAGGAUGGAGGUGUCGUGGCGUUUGGGAGAAAUGACCAUGGCCAACUUGGACUUAAUGGUACAUCCGAGCCGGUAUUAUAUCCUACACGGUUAGCUCCUCCACUGGAUAGAGCAGUGGUGCCGCAGCUAUCAUGUGGGUACCAUCACACCGCCAUUGUCACUGAAGAUGGCGCUGUCUACACUUUUGGUCGCAACGACUAUGGUCAGCUCGGUCUUGGUCACAAACUGCACAUGGCCCGACCAACGAUCGUGAAAAGUCUAUCGCGUAUGAGGAUAAAUCAGGUGACAUGUGGUUGUUAUCAUACACUCGCGCUUUCAGACGACGGAAAAGUGUUCCCAUUCGGUCGUAAUAACCACGGUCAACUUGGAUUGGAGACAUUAGUGGACUGCUUAAGUCCCCAGCUCAUUUCAUCUCUGCUGAGCAAAACCGUUAUGAAGGUUGCUGCUGGUUUUUAUCAUUCAGUGUGUCUGGUCGGGACGUCCGAAAGAACGACUCAAUUGACGAAAGGCAUUGGAACAUUAAGCGUAGAUCUGAGAAGAAUGUUGAACAAUUUAGCUCGAAGCGAUGUUUCCUUCCUGGUAGAAGAUCGUCGGUUCUUCGCACAUAGCUGUAUCUUGGCAGCUCGUUGUGAGCCCCUAGAAAACAUGCUAGACGGUCGCACGAAAGACGGGUCCGAGUCCGACAUUGUUAUUCCAGAGUACUCAUAUGACGUUUUUGCUACAUUUAUGGAGUUUCUUUACACUGACCAAGUGGUAGCCCUUGAUUCACCCGACUUGACAGCAGAUUUUAUUCUUGAGCUGCAUGCGCUAGCAGAUCAUUACCUGGUUACUAAUCUUCGAAGUUUGUGUGAGGACGCGUUACUACGAAUUCUAUCAGUGGAAAAUGUUGUCAUCAUUAUGGAGUCAGCGCAUUUCCGUAAAGCUUUUACACUCAAGAAGCGCUGCUCAGGAUUUAUCAUGGAUCACUUCGCCCAUAUCGUUGUUACCCCGGAAUUUGUCGGACUACCCCAUGAUUUGCUCCAUGAGAUACAACUUCUAGCUUCUCAGCAAGGAGUAUCGGUUCCCAUAGAGAAGAAUGCUGGCGAUCGCGUAGAAUUUAUGUCAUGA